GUCGCCUCGCCGACAACCAGUCUGGCGGAGCGCCCAUCCUUACAGAAAAUGGCCAAGGCCGGCACAGAGAGCGGGGUGCCCCCUCCCUCUACGAGCUCGAAGCGCGAUUACAAGGGAUUUGUUGCGGGCGUGUUCUCCGGGAUUGCAAAGUUAACAGUUGGACAUCCGUUCGACACGGUCAAAGUACGCCUACAAACCAGCCAUGAUUCACACUUCCGCGGUCCGGUCGACUGCGUACUACAGACGGUGCGCAAGGAAGGAGUAAGCGGGUUAUACAAAGGAGCCACGCCGCCGCUGGUCGGAUGGAUGGUGAUGGAUUCGGUUAUGCUGGGGUCGUUGACAUUAUACCGCCGCCUACUACUCGAGAAUGUCUUCUCGAAGCCGCACAUACGCGCGAUGACACCGUUCAGCGGUCGUCAGACCGAUUCCACCACCCUCCCAAGUUUCGGGCACGGAAUCGCGGGCAUCAUGGCGGGGACGACGGUCAGCUUCAUCGCCGCGCCGGUGGAACACGUCAAAGCGCGACUGCAGAUUCAGUAUUCGGCGGACAAGACGAAGCGCAUGUACUCGGGCCCGAUUGACUGCGUGCGGAAAUUGCUUCGAACGCAUGGAAUCUCGGGACUUUAUCGCGGACUCUGCGCCACGAUCGUGUUCCGGUCGUUCUUUUUCUUCUGGUGGGGUUCUUACGAUGUUCUGACGCGGAUGUUGAAAGAGAAGACUAGUCUGUCGGCGCCCGCGAUCAAUUUCUGGGCGGGUGGAAUCUCGGCGCAGAUUUUCUGGCUUACUUCGUAUCCGUCGGACGUGGUUAAGCAACGGCUCAUGACGGACCCGAUGGGCGGGACCCUGGGGGACGGGGAGCGAAAGUUCCGGCGGUGGAAAGAUGCGGCGGUCGCGGUGUAUCGCGAGCGAGGAUUGAAAGGAUACUGGAGGGGAUUUGUACCGUGUUUCUUGCGAGCAUUCCCGGCGAAUGCCAUGGCUCUGGUUGCAUUCGAGGGGGUGAUGCGGUCGCUGCCUUGAAUGGGUACACGUACACUGUACUAUAAAUGCGCUUGAACGACACUUGACUAGACUAGACUAGAGACAUCUAGAAUAACUCGAAUAGAACCAUG